AUGAUGUUCAUUGACAUGGUGCUGGUCGACACGGCAGUGGAACCUGGUCAGAAUGGAACGGGGGAGUCACGGGUGAAUCUAGGUGGCCGAUGGGGCCGAGCCCACUUGGUCGCUACAUUGGGUGGUUGGGGGCUAAGCCGAGCCUUGUCCCCCUUUUUCUCAUUUCACUUGCUGCUCUUGGUUUCUAUCUGA